AUGUCUGAGAAGGCUGUUAGGAGGAAGCUUGUUAUUAUUGGCGAUGGUGCCUGUGGGAAGACUUCCCUACUAUAUGUUUUUACGCUAGGAAAGUUUCCAGAACGAUAUCACCCGACAGUGUUUGAAAAUUAUGUCACCGACUGCAGAGUGGACGGAAUAAAAGUGUCUUUAACUCUUUGGGACACGGCGGGACAAGAAGAAUAUGAACGUCUUCGUCCUUUUUCAUAUUCAAAGGCAGAUAUAAUAUUGAUUGGGUUUGCCGUAGAUAACUUUGAAUCACUAAUCAACGCAAGGACAAAAUGGGCGGAUGAAGCAUUGCGAUAUUGUCCCGACGCGCCAAUUGUCCUGGUAGGCUUGAAGAGGGAUUUAAGGGAAGAACUUCAUUUCAAAGAAAGUGCCGUCGACGACAUGGUUCCCAUCGAGGAUGCAAAACAAGUGGCGAGAGCCAUUGGUGCCAAGAAAUACAUGGAGUGCAGUGCAUUGACUGGUGAGGGUGUCGAUGAUGUCUUUGAAGUGGCUACAAGAACCAGUUUGCUCAUGAAGAAGGAGCCAGGGGCGAACUGUUGCAUAAUUUUAUAA